UCAAGCACUCUCAUGUCGGUGCUGUUUUCGUAGGCAUCCGAGACUCCAGCCCUCUACGGACUGAAAACUGUUACACAGUUGGGCUCACCACCAGCAGCGAGCGGCACGUCAGUACCAAAUAUUCCACGCGCGUACCCAGCAUGGGCUGCAGAAAAGUCCGGUGUCCAAGGGGUUGGAGUAGGCCGUCCCUAUGCAGGCCUAAUGAACCAACUCCUUCCUUCCACGAUGGCCGCCAUCUGGGAGGAAAUCGAAUGCCAAGGGGCAUGACCAGAGGGAGUGGGAUUCAAUUCAGCAGCGUCCGGCUACCUGAAAUAUCGACGGCGCCAGGUCUUCCAUUUUCUCCGAGCAAGGCUAGUCUUAGGCCUUCAGCUGGAAGACACGAUGAAGUCCAGAUCUCCCACUUUCCUCCCCUCUUCCAUUCAUUCCCCUCAUCGUCGUUUCCUGUUAUUUUGUUGCAGCUUUUUGAAAUUUUGCAGUAUCUCCUGAGAUACAUCCUGUCGUUUGCAUUAAACGCCCAUGCUCAGACGAGUUUCUACCCCGCUAUCAUUGUUAUCAUUGCCUUCUCCCACCAGUGUGGUCGACCUUAAGCGGAUGGCGCAGCUUCAGCUGUUGUGGACUUUUGAACAUUCGCGCCUCAUCCAUUAAGACGUUAUUUCGCACCGACCUCCCUCCCCGUCUGAACGAUACGCCCUUCCGUUCUCGAAACACGAAUCAAUCCUAUUCCCAAACAGACAGUUCGAAACGGAGGAGAACCCGACCUUUUGCGGGGAGCACAAACAUUGUCUGUGCGGCUGAGUUGGUCUUGGUAUAGAACUGGCUCGAAAGCAGAAAGACAUCAGUCAUUUGGUCAACCUGUCUAUUUCAUCUGGUCUUUGACUGUGCAGUGCAUCAGAGCAGUCUUGGUCACUUUAUCUGACCUCUUGAUUGGGUCGACACUGUAUGAUUUACGUUGGUAUUGGGUCUGGCCUGACUUAAGCUAUUUCACCAUGGGCGCCUUUGGGAGUAUGAGUAUGGGAAACAAAUUCGGCAUUGUGUUAGCAUGCCUUAUUGGAGCGGCAUUUAUCGCGGGUUUCAUAAAACUUGCUUGGAAUAAGAGGAAACUGAGGAAAAACACGAAGAAAGCGGAGCUGGAAGCAUCUUUGAGAUCUGACAAGGAGAAGUUGGUUACGAGAGGUGUGGGAGAAGGAGAUCUGUUCGGAGUCAGGGCAAUUGAGCAUGGAUAUUUCGGCGGCGUCUCGCAAUCGAGACCUACGUCUCCCACACCAUCCUACAUCUUGGCCCCCGAAACGAAACUUAUGGACUGGGGUAAAGCAGGAUAUCAAGGAGGUCAUUCGGCAUCAAGCAGCAUGCUUUCGCUUCCACAAAGCCUUGCACCUUCCAGUCUUAAUCAUACGAAGCGCAAACCAUCGCCGCUGAGUCUUCAACCUUCAAGUGCUGAGCUUAAUGGUAGGAUAAGCCACAGCCCAUCCGGCGUUGGUGGUAUCGGCGGAUCAUAUAUUCCACCCUUGCCGUCCCCACGGUCCCACAAGUCUUUCAAGAGCGUCUCACCAACGACUGGGACCUUUGAAGAAACAGAAGCACCGACCUGGGUGUCACCUCUGGAUGUUCAUUUCAGUCGGCCAUCGACUCCAAAGGAAAGGCCAACUUCUUAUCUUCCAAAACUGCAGUUUCCAGGUGAGAUCGAGAAGAUCGGCCUCUUUGUACCUUCGCCAAGCAAUUCCGUACGGCAUGUCAAAUCAGAGACUGCAUCGAUCGUAAGUACAAAUGCAUCCUCAAUCAAAGCUCCUCCGCCAGUUCGACAGCCAUCACGAGGCCCCAGGACUCCGUUGUUCUCAGUCUUUCCUCCUGUGGCCCACCCAAUGCCAUCUCGAGCUGCUCGAGCAGGUUCACGGUCCAUUUUCCCUACGAAUGAUGAUCACGACCGACCAUCUUCAAGACGCGGUCCCAGGGAUGGAAUUGGAAAUUCAUCUCCACGUGCAGUACCACUGAAUGAUCUCACCCCUCAAAUAGUGGCCACUGAGCAUGGCGAUUUUCCUCAAGAUACGAGACACUGGAGUCCGACGUCACCUGUUCAGAGUACUGUUCCUCCCGAGCAAUGGGAUCCUACGUCGCCGACAUUUCCAGGGCCAAUCUAUUGCAACGAUGGCUUGAAGCCUUUGGAACCAAUAAUUCGCGAUUCUGUUGUUACCGUGCAGCGAGUUUCGAUCUUCCAACCAUCACAUGCACGGGAGUCCUCGGCUAUAGCUGUCAAAUCACGAAGUCGUGGACACAGUAUUGCCGCCUCAAGCAUGUACAGCACUAGGACCUCCAUCCUAGAAUUCAAUAAAGACCCUCUUCCGUCUCAACACUCCCGAACACGCUCUAGCUCCAUCUCUGCACUGCCUAACGCCGGCAGCAGGAGUCGAUCAAGAUCAACCUCUGCCUCCCAGAAACGCUCGGCAUCAUCUCACAGUCUAACUCGCACGCGAGAUUCUAUCCGUCGCCACAGCCGCAUGCCGUCUUCCGACUCCAUCAGGAAUAGGCGAAGUCGCGACCGCGAUCAAAUGCACUACGAUCCCACAUCGUCAAAUCGAACUCGAGAAGGGUCUGUACAAGGCCGCAAAGUCGACUUCCACCACCCGCGUGAGUCGCCGUUCUCAAACUCCAACGCUAUACACCACUCGCCCAACUCUUCUAUCUCAUCGGUCUCUUCGCGCAACAGCAGUUAUUUCGAUGACGAGACUGAAACUCCUCCGAUUCCUAAGAUACCUUCCAAGCCCCCACAGAUAGAACUACCUCCUCUAGAUGUGAAACCCGGCAGAGGCAGGAGUGAAAGCGACACAUCACAAGUCAGCGUCAGUGAUUUCUACGAUGCAUAUUAUCGCCAAUCGAUCCUGGCACAGAGAGCUAGUGCGACGAGUGUAGUGCAGGGCGUCAAUGUUGGAGCUCCACGCUAUCUGGGUGUUAAUAUGGGAGUGCAGAGCGGAAAUGGACCGGUUAUGAGAGAGGUGGCUGUUAGGAGGCCAGCACCGCUGAGGGUUGGAGCGACGAUUGUGGAGGUUGUGACGCCGACGCCGAGCCCGUUAGCAACUAGGGAGAGGUUUCCUAGCAUGAUCUAGGAGCGUGUUAAGAGAGGAGGUUGGAUAUGGACAAGUUACAUGAACUAUGAGAUGGUUAGGUUGGGCUUAUGCCAAAGGAGACAAUUGCAUGUACAAAUGGGUUUGAGGGGCUGGGUUGUAUGCUACAGGAUGAACUGGAUUGGCAGGUAGAGCCAUCAAAUCCUUACGAGGGGUAAUGUCUGGGUGUUUGGGGGCAGGGGCGGUAGUUUUAAAUCAUCUGAAUAGCGCUGUAAGUACCACAUGAUCGAAUAAUAUAUAAUGUUUGUCCAC